CUAAGGCAGCGAGGCCGGGCCGGGCCGAGCGGAGCUGAGGAGAGGAGUCGCAUCCAAGAUGGCGCCGUGCGGACGUGUCCCGGCCCGGAGACGCGGGCCGGGCCCUCUCCUCGCCGCUCCUUUCCUCUGGCUGCUCGUGGCUCUCGGGUCAUCCCGGGCACAGCAGCAAGGCGGGGCAGCGGCGGGCGGGGCCGCCCAGGUGUUCCCGGGGCAGCAGCAGCAGCCGGCGGUCGUAGGGGGAAUGGGGGGCCAGCCGCUGCCUCAGUUGGGGCUGGGAGCACUCCCGGGAGGCGGCGGAGGCGGAGCUGGGGGCGGCCGUCUGCCCCGCGGGGGCUCCUCGGCGGGAGGCGGCUGGAAGCUGGCGGACGAGCCGGUGUGCCGCGAAGACGUGACCCGCGUCUGCCCCAAGCACAGCUGGGCCAACAACCUGGCCGUCCUCGAGUGCCUGCAGGACGUGCGGGAGCCGGACAAUGAAAUCUCAUCAGACUGCAACCACCUGUUGUGGAACUAUAAGUUGAACCUGACUACAGAUCCAAAAUUUGAAUCAGUGGCUAGAGAGGUUUGCAAGUCUACCAUAUCAGAGAUCAAAGAGUGUGCUGAUGAGCCUGUUGGGAAAGGUUACUUGGUGUCCUGCUUGGUAGAUCACAGAGGAAACAUCACUGAAUACCAGUGUCACCAGUACAUCACCAAAAUGACAGCCAUAAUUUUCAGUGAUUACCGCCUGAUCUGUGGCUUCAUGGAUGACUGCAGAAGUGAUAUUAACAUCCUGAAGUGUGGCAGCAUUCGUCUCGGAGAAAAGGAUGUCCAUUCUCAAGGAGAGGUGGUGGCCUGCCUGGAGAAAGGGCUGGUAAAGGAGGCAGAAGAGAUUGAGCCACGAAUAAAGGUCUCAGACUUGUGCAAAAAAGCUAUUCUCCGUGUAGCUGAGCUCUCCUCUGAUGAUUUCCACUUGGAUCGGCACUUAUAUUUUGCCUGCCGGGAUGACCGGGAACGCUUCUGUGAGAACACUCAGGCUGGGGAAGGCAGGGUGUACAAGUGUCUCUUUAACCACAAAUUUGAAGACUCUAUGAGUGAAAAGUGCCGUGAUGCAUUGACAACCAGGCAAAAGCUGAUUGCACAAGAUUACAAAGUCAGUUACUCAUUGGCAAAGUCCUGCAAAAGUGAUUUAAAGAAGUACCACUGUAAUGUAGAGAACCUUCCUCGUUCCCGAGAGGCCCGACUAUCCUACUUGCUAAUGUGUUUAGAAUCUGCUGUGCAUAGAGGUCGGCAAGUGAGCAGUGAAUGCCAAGGAGAAAUGUUGGACUACCGUCGCAUGUUGAUGGAAGAUUUUUCACUGAGCCCAGAGAUCAUCCUUGGUUGCCGCAGUGAGAUUGAGCACCACUGCUCAGGACUGCAUCGGAAGGGCCGCACCCUGCAUUGCCUGAUGAAAGUUGUGCGAGGAGAGAAGGGGAACCUGGGAGUCAGCUGCCAGCAGUCGCUUCAAACACUAAUCCAGGAGGCAGACCCUGGUGCUGAUUACCGCAUUGACAGAGCAUUGAAUGAAGCCUGCGAAUCAGUGAUACAAACAGCCUGCAAGCACAUCCGUGCUGGAGACCCCAUGAUUCUCUCUUGCCUUAUGGAGCAUUUGUAUACAGAGAAGAUGGUGGAAGAUUGUGAGCACAGACUCCUGGAGCUCCAGUACUUCAUCUCACGGGACUGGAAACUGGAUCUUGUGCUCUACCGCAAGUGCCAGGGAGAUGCAUCCCGACUUUGCCAUACACGCGGCUGGAAUGAGACGAGUGAGAUGAUUCCUCCUGGGGCCAUCUUCUCCUGCCUGUACAGACAUGCCUAUCGUACAGAGGAACAGGGGAGGAGGCUAUCCCGGGAAUGCAGGGCAGAAGUACAACGAAUUCUACACCAGCGUGCCUUGGAUGUAAAACUGGAUCCAGCUCUGCAGGACAAGUGCAUGAUAGAUCUGGGGAAAUGGUGCAGUGAGAAAACAGAGACUGGACAGGAACUUGAAUGUCUCCAGGACCAUCUGGAUGACUUGGCGGCUGAAUGCAGAGACAUUGUUGGAAAUCUUACAGAGCUGGAGUCUGAAGAUAUUCAGAUAGAAGCCUUGAUGAUGAGAGCAUGUGAGCCAAUUAUCCAGACCUUCUGCCAUGAAGUGGCAGACAACCAGAUUGACUCAGGAGACCUCAUGGAGUGCCUCAUUCAGAACAAACACCAGAAGGAGAUGAAUGAAAAGUGUGCAAUUGGAGUCACGCACUUCCAGCUGGUUCAGAUGAAAGAUUUCAGAUUCUCCUACAAAUUUAAAAUGGCCUGCAAAGAGGAUGUCCUGAAGCUGUGCCCCAACAUCAAGAAAAAGGUGGAUGUGGUGAUCUGCCUGAGCACCAUUGUACGCAACGACACGCUGAGAGAUGCAAAGGAGCACCAGGUCUCCAUGAAGUGCCGCAAGCAGCUACGUGUUGAGGAGCUGGAAAUGACUGAGGAUAUCCGCCUGGAACCAGACCUUCAUGAGGCCUGCAAAUCGGACAUCAGGGACUACUGCCAGAAUGUCCCCUAUGGCAAUGCUCAGAUUAUUGAGUGUCUUAAGGAAAACAAGAAGCAACUGAGCACUCGCUGCCAUCAGAAAGUUUUCAAACUCCAGGAGACGGAGAUGAUGGAUCCAGAACUAGAUUAUACUCUCAUGCGUGUUUGCAAGCAAAUGAUCAAGAGAUUCUGCCCAGAAGCAGAUGCAAAGAACAUGUUGCAGUGUUUGAAACAGAACAAGAACAGUGAAAUGAUGGAUCCCAAAUGCAAACAAAUGAUUACCAAGCGCCAGAUUACACAGAACACAGAUUACCGCCUGAAUCCAGUGCUCAGGAAGGCCUGCAAAGCUGACAUCCCCAAAUUCUGCCAGAGCAUUCUGACCAAGGCCAAGGAUGAUUCCGAGCUUGAAGGACAGGUCAUAUCCUGCUUGAAGCUGAAAUACGCAGACCAGCGUCUCUCUCCCGACUGUGAAGAUCAGAUUCGAGUGAUUAUCGAGGAAUCCGCUCUUGAUUACCGGUUAGAUCCUCAGUUGCAGAUGCACUGCUCAGAAGAGAUUUCUAGCUUGUGUGCUGAGGAAGCAGCAGCCCAGGAGCAGACAGGACAAGUGGAAGAAUGCCUUAAAGUGAAUCUCCUAAAGAUCAAAGCAGACAUGUGCAAGAAGGAGGUACUCAACAUGUUGAAGGAGAGUAAAGCUGAUAUCUUUGUGGACCCCGUCCUUCAUACAGCCUGUGCCCUUGACAUCAAGCACCACUGUGCUGCCAUCCCACCAGGAAGAGGGCGACAGAUGUCCUGUCUGAUGGAGGCCCUGGAGGACAAGCGUGUGAGGUUGCAGCCUGAGUGUAAGAAGCGCCUUAACGACCGGAUUGAAAUGUGGAGCUACGCUGCCAAGGUUGCCCCAGCAGAAGGCUUUUCUGAUCUUGCCAUGCAAGUGAUGACCUCUCCAUCCAAGAACUACAUCCUCUCAGUGAUCAGUGUGGGCAUCUGCAUCCUGUUCCUAAUUGGCCUGAUGUGUGGGCGUAUCACGAAGCGAGUGACACGAGAGCUGAAGGACAGGUAGAGCCUGCCUUGGUAGUUAAAGGGAAGAAGGAAGGAAAGAAGGCCUGCCUGCCUGCCCGUUGCCCAGUUUGUACAGCCCUCCUCUGUAUAGUCUCCCCUCCCACCUCUCUGGAGAGUACAAACAGAUUAGAACAGCAGCCCGUGCCAGCUGAGUGUCCCAUCUCGUCCAUGGCUUCUCCACCCUCGGAACGAGUUGGCACGUGCAGCCUUGGCGGUCCAGCCAGCAGCUUCGUUACCCUGUCGUUAGCGACUGUUGUUUGCCUGCCUGUAGACAAGUUUUUUCUCUUUCCCUUUCUCUCUUUCUCAUGCUGUCGGAACUGCCUUCACUCCCCAGACAGACUGACAACCUGCAGCUCAAGAGGUUUUUAAAGCAAAUUUUUAAAGAUCUGUUCCAGGCAUAGUGUUGGACAGUAGGUCUUGGUGUGGAAGUGUUUGUGCUCCUUGGCUUAGGCAGGAGGACCGAGGGGAAGGGACAUCACCCACCAUUCACAGCUGGCCUUGCUUUGGACAUCUGGCUCACCCUGGAACAAGCAUCUCCAGCACAUAAUCAGUUAGCAAGAGUUGCCCCCAGAGGCUCGUCAUCAUCUCUACUGUUUUUGUGCUUUUGUUACUGUAUUCUGUUGUACUUCUUUUUUUCUUUUUGUGGCUUGUUCCUCCAUUUUUGCCAAAAGGCAAUGCCUUCCAUACUUCUCCAAUCUUUGGGGUUAAUAAAAUAUUGACCAAAUUAAAGAAACUUCAGUGGUCUUACAGGCACCCCUUGCAAAACCAUACUGUUACCUCAAGGGAAGCCUUUGGACAAGCUACGGUGGAGCUGUGGUCUUGGGUAGUAAGGUGGUGGUUUUGGAAGAAAAUGAGGAUUUGGGUCCUCCCCAAAGGGUUCUUAUUUACAAGUUACUGAAGUUUCCUCCCGGAACUGUCAGGGAGGGUGUAAGACUUUUCUGCUGUCAAGAGUCCAUCUAAAGAGAUAAUCAGCCAUUUGGGAAGUAGGGAAGCUGGCAGGGCUCCCUACACUAAGCAAGGAUGGGGGAGAGGAGGGGGGAUAGCUUUCUGAGAGUUGGAUGGGAGAGGUAUCUUUGCUGAAGCGAUGCUUUUAGUAACAGUACCACCAUCACCCUGUUUGCAAUGAGCAGGAGUGUGCUCCUUGUUUGUUGGUUGGAGAGCACAGGGAGUAACUUGAAGAAGAGGAAAUACGCAUGUGCAGGCUCCUUGUGGAUAGUAGGAUAUCUAUCAGCCUGUUAGACAUGGUUGCCUGUAUGCUCUAGAGGGCUAAAUCAUGAGUCUGCCCGACACAAGGCUUGAGUGCAACAUCUUCUUCCCCUCCCUGCCCCUUUUCCUGCUUUGCUGCAACUGCUCAGUCAAAUGUCAACUUCUCAGCGUUCUGCAUUAACGUCACAAAAGCAAGGGGCUUUUGGCAAUGGGACCAGCUGAUCUUAAUGAUGAUGUGGACAUACUCAGCCAUACCACUACUGUGAAUAUUUUCUGCUGCUCUUGAAGUGUUGGUAAAAGGCACACAAGUUUUUAGCUUUAGGAAACCUUUAUUUUUCAUCCUACUGGAAAGCAAGUCGUGCAAAGUGUGGCUUUGUUUUCCUGAGGAUGGCAAACUGGAAAAGCUUGUGCAAGAAUCUCACCCCACCCCACCCCUGAGGCCCACUGACUGUUUCAGGCCUCCAAAAUUAUGAUGAUUAGGGAAAUCAGAGAUCAGUGGGCGAGCCUGUGUGUACUGAAGGUUUUUUUUUGGACUAUGGCCACUAGAUUGGAUUUCCUUCCCCGGCUUCUGAUAUUACUGAAUCUAUGAAGGAUGACAUUGGAAAGGAGUGUGUGCCAUAGUUCCCCAACUAGUGCAUGCUCAGUGCAUUCCAAAGCCUCUGUUCCCUACCCCCUUUCACCCACACCUGAAUGCCCUUCAGUAUUUUGUUAUUCUGUGUUUUAACUCUGAAGCAAGGCAUAGACUUAUUUAUCCUAAGGAAUCCACCUUGACUCUGAAAUGGGGUGGCAAUGGUGGAGGAUGCUCCCAGGGCAACCCAAGUCACUUGCAAGAGAGGCAGCCAGCAGAAGAUUAAUUGCAGGGUGCUUAGAGCUGCCAUUCAUGCUGUAGGAGGCAAAGAAUAGCCUUGGUCAUAUCAUCUUUUGAAUCCUACACAAUGUUGGGAAGAAACUGGUACUUGCAUAUGGUGACCCUGCAGCAAAUGCUGUGAAAGGAGAGGAGGCUCCCACCAUCCUGGCUAGCACAUGCAUUCAAAUAAAAUGCACAACGUAUUAUUCUUACAUUGCUUCCCUUCAGCCAGCUACAGUUGCCUUCCCUUGAUCCUAGUGGGAGUGUUGCAUUGGUUAAUGAAAGAAAAAUGCUCUCCUGACUAAAUUCCCAUAAUCAGCAGCAGUGGUUUUUGCAGGCAUAUAGUGAUGCUGCUGAAGAGGAGGAGCUUGUGUGAGAUGCACGUAAGGGAACUAGUUGCCUGGGAAGAGACAGAAUGCCAAAGCCAUUACAGCCAGCCAGUCACUCCAUUCUCUCAGUGACCUUGAGUGAGCCAUUGUUUUAAGAGAUGAGAAGAAGUCUCGAGUUCCAAGCACUGCAGGUCUCUGUCACGGCAUCACCUAAGCCUCCAUGCACUCUCCUUAGACCUUGUCAGUUUCAGUCUGACAGCUAAGUAUUCCUGCUUUGAGGCUUAUUUGAGGGACGGUUGUUUACAAAAAUUAUCCUAAAUCUAAAGUGGCAUUGUAUUGCCAGUGUUGUGCUUGCCACUUCUUCCUCAGAAUACGUGCCACUGCUUGAGGAAGAUGGAAGGGGCUGUGCUGCAGUUUGAAUGUUUGAAAAGUACCUAGGAAUUGGGAGCUUGUUUUUCUGCUUCUUCCCUAAAAGUUUCCCUGUUUGAACUUGUAGUACUUGCUGUCUUCACCACUAUGGCCUUGACUGUCUUGUAACACGAGUUCCUCCAGCUUCUGGACCCUGUGCUGCUGCUGCUUCUCCUUCCUUGUGUCUCAUCUAAAGUUGUGCUGAUGCUGCUCUCUUGGCUCUCAUCUCAAGGAAGGUCCCCUGGUUUGAUGCAUUGGAGAUGGAAGUAGGCAGUUUGGGCACUGCUCUAUGCAUAACAGGAUUAGAGCUCCUGCAGAAAAGCCCUGGUGGAGCCUAAAGGAGCAGGGAUUUCUUGGCUCUUAGUGGUGGCUCUUAGAUGUAGCCUGGGCUAUUCUCCUGUCCCAAAGUAAGCUAAGGAACUUGCUGAAUUGGAAAACACAUCCUGUUCCACUUCAUAGUUUGUACAACUGGGUUGAUAGGUUGCACACUCUUCCUACAUACACACUACAGGUGCAUCCAGAGCAUUAAUAUUAACAAACUGGAAGAGUGCUGGAUGUAGGGAACUGUCUUUAGGAAGUGGUGCCAUCCAGCAUGUGGUACCAGCACUGUCCUGGCCCCUGGCUUGUGCUGACACCUGUUCUCAUAUUGCUGGUCCUUAUGGACAGCUGUGACCAGCAUGAUAAUUGGUACCAUUUCUGUGUAGAUUCUGAGCAUCACGUGCGCUGCUUCUCCAUCCGACACUUGCAGACUCCUCCAUCCAGAGGCUCCCUAGUUGGCGCAAAGAGAAUCAAAUGGCUUAUCUCAAGGUUCUUGGAAAUGCAUCAGAGGCAGGCUGCAAUUUCCCUUCAGGUAUUCUUUGGAACUCAAUAUAAGUGGUGUUUGAUUGAAGAAUAGGCGUGUUUUGUGUUUGAGAGAAGCAAAACGCAGGCGCACAGAACAACUCAGGGUGGCAUAAAAGGGUUUGUAUUCGGUGCCCCUCCUGCAGCUUGCAAAACCAGCCCAUUGGAGAGACAGUAAAUUGGUAGAUUAUACAGCUAAUGUUGGCUGACCCUUAGUCCUUUAAAAAAAUGUAACAUUAACAAAGGUGUGUUUUUUUGUAAAUUGUUUUUCCUUUCUAUGUACAAAAUCUUGGCCAUUCUUUCUUUUUACAUGUUCAUGCUGUGUAAUUUUGAAUUGUUAACGGAGAUUCUGAACAUAAUGUGCAUUUUUUUCUGUACAGAUGAAAUGGGAGAAUUUAAUAAAAAAGAGUCUGCAGGUUUU